UGCCUGGCCGUCGAAGGCAGCGGUCGCGUCGUAGUCUUCAGAUUUUCCUUCAUCGUGAGAGAAAUGCAAAUACCAGAAAUUCAAUAUUGAACGCGAGCCGAGAGAAAAGAAAAGUGUGAGACGUGUUUGGAAAAUCGAAUCGAAUUUUGUACGGCACCGUCAACGGAAAUCGCAACAACGGUAAUUGUUGUGUGUGCUCGGUCUCUGUGCUUUUGUGUGAACUCUAUUGGUUUUUUGAGCAGCCAGCUAAUUGUGGAAUACUUUGGUUUGGGCCCCCGCAGCCAAGGAUAUCAGCCGGAUUCAGCCAGUUUGCGGCCAAUCAAAAUGGCAGGCAGUCGCCACUUAGGGUUGCUGCUGGCACUGGUGUUGCUGCUCGACGCAACAGCAGCAGCAGCAACAUCGAGCGCAGAGUCCACCACGGAGACCCCUUCGGCCCUGCUGCCCCUGGAGGCCAGGAGUGCCGAUAUCUCCGGUGAGGAGGAUGUCAUCUCCACCAGCUAUGUGCUGCCCAAUCAGAUUUUCAACGAGGGAAAACCCUACUAUGCCCGCCAGGAUCCCGUGUCGGGUCAGCUGGACUUCAGCGCUAAAAAGCCGGCGGGCAUUCAGCCGGAGGCCAACGAGGUGGUGGAUCCCAACGAGAAGAUCGUGCUCAGUGGAGGCAGUUCGCCGAAUAUACACGACUUUCUGAACCUACCUGUGAAGUACUCCUCGUCGAAGUUUGUCUAUCCGCUGGUCUCCAGUUCGUAUGCCAAUCUGAAGUACCAGGGAAGCAACAAGAACUACAUCACCAACAAGAAGCCCACUUCGGUGGUGGCACCAGUCACUCCACCACCGCCAAACUAUCACAGUUCGAACUUCUUCACGGUGCCAACUACCAAGCUCACUGCUGUGACACCCACGGCAGGUGCCUACUACCCCAGUAGUCCUAGUAGCACCACUAGCACCUCCACAUCCACCACUACAACCACUACGACCACGACUACUCGGGGAACUCCUCCAACUUCCAGGCGACCAGUUAGCACCACUACUACAACCACCACGCAGGCAACGAGUCCGGUGGCCAAGUACACCACCACCUCUCGACGACCCAUUCCUGUGCAGGUGACCUCCACUACGGCUCAACCACCACGCACCAGCACCACCCGCAAGAAGUUUGUGCCCACCAAGAAGUACAGUCCCACGGUGCCGAGCACCAGUGGAAGGCCAGUGGAGGUUAACCACGAGGAUCGGCGACCACCGGUGAAGUCCAGACCCACGCCCAGCAGCCAAGACGAGACCCUCACCACCCACCAUGCCACGCCACAGGCGGCCAUCUUCCCCACAGAGCCAGCCACAACCACCAAGAUGUACACCACAUCGAGCACCAGUCCACCUGUGGUCUUCACCGAAGGACCCACGCCCCCACCUGCCUUCAGUCCCAUUCCGGGAACUGGUAUUCCCAACCUGGAUCCAGCCGACGUUUACCACACGCUGGGGCAGAAGAACACACAGGCCGAGGAGCAGCAGCAACAGCAGUUGGAGAAGCAGCAGCAGCAGCAGUAUCAGGAACAGCAGCAACAGCUAUAUCAACAGCAGCAAUAUCAGCUGCAACUGGAGAAGCAGCAACUGGAAAAGCAGAAGCAUCCAUACCAGCAGCAACUGGAAAAGCACCAGCAGCAGCAACAACAACUACAUCAGCAGCAGCAGCAGCAGCAACAACAGCAGCAGCAACAACAGCAGCAGCAGCAGCAACAUCAGCCUCAACCGCCAACUCAGCAACAGCAACCCAUUCCACCGAAAUCGCCCAUGACCCUCAGCGAUAUUUUCAACAGCCUGGCUGAAGAAGAAUCCAAUGUGGCGCAGAACUACCAGCAAAAUCAAGGCUUCGAUGCCCAGGGCAAUCUCAUUCAGCCCAUCGCCCCAUCCAAGCCAUCGCCCUUCGCCAUGCAGCAGCCAGGAGCACAGCAGCAACCAGGAGCUCAGCAGCGACCCAGCCAUCCCAACGAGCAGAAGGUGAUCUCCGGCAGCCAGGAGAACUACAGCAACGAGUACGUCUCCUACCAGGUGCAGCAGCCGAACAUGAUGCAAUACCGCCCAGUGCCUGGCCAGAUCAACAAUGUGGUCAUCUCGCCGGGUCAGCAGUCCGCCUCCUUUGUCCUGGGCAGCCAGGUGCAACAGGUCAGCGUGGGUCACCCGAGCAUGGAGAAGGAACCUCUGUUCGCCAAGGACACGCCGGGAGUGCAGUAUGGUCAGGUGAUCAGUGAAGAUAUUGGCAAUAUCAAGAGACCCAAUAUUAAGGAACCAUUGCCAGCGCCUCCGAACUACCAACAGAUGCCUAGUAUUCAGCAGAACUCCAACUUCCAUCAGAACGGAAAUGUGGCCACAUCUGGAGCUCCCACCUACCAAGAGCCACCUCCAGAGGCACCUAGUCCCUAUCAACAGCUGCCCCUGAUUGGAUCCAACAAGCGACCAUCAAAGAAACCCGUGGCCAAACCAGAACAGCCUUACCCACAACCACCACAGACAUCGACGCCUCCCCAAACGCAGCCCACUCCGUCGACUGUGAUGCAGGGAGACGACACCAAGGAGCUUCUGGUCUCCACCAACAUCAGGUUCCCUGCUCAGGGCGAAGAGCCGCUGGAACUGUCCUCCUCGCCUGUGAUGCAAGGUCCUCCGGCUGGACCCCACAUCAAUGGACAUGCUCAACCGCUGAGCCUGCAGCAGAUUCAGAACGCCAAUCCCGUUGUUUUCCCCAAGGCCCAGGAUGAAGUGGCCCCUGGCAGCGGUAAUGUGCAGAUCCAGCAGCAUGAAGUGCUCAACCUGAGUCAGCAGAAACCACCAUUGAAAUUCCCUGCCCAGCAGCCAGCACUUGGCGAGCAUCCCUCGCUGGACAUGGAGCCACCUCCGCGGUAUCCCACUACCAUGGGACCCGUGCCUCAGGCUCCUCCCACUCCUGGUAAACGACCUCCUGCAAGCUUCUACAACGAGUUCAACCGCAAGCCGCAGAAUGGCCCACGUCCCAGUAAUCUGCCGAAUAUUCUGCCUCAGUUCCGUCCGAAUGCCAAGAUCUCCAGCGGACAUCCUCCUGCUCUGAACAAGGAACCCGGCAACAUCCGUCUGCCCCAGCAGGGCGGUCCUGGUCCUGGUCCCAAGCGUCCCUACAAUCCCUCUGUGCCACCCCAGUUUGCCCAUCGUCGCCAGCCCUUGCAUCAUCAACAGCAGCAACAGCAGAUGUUGCAGAAGCGCUAUCCCAUGAAUCGCAUCUCGGAGUAUCCCGUGGGUCCCGGUCCCAGUCCAGGAGGAGAUGUCAACAGGAGGGUCUACAGACUUCCCCCGUAUGGCGGUCAGAAUGUGCCUUACCUGCCCGAUCACAUGUAUCCCCGGCGUCCUCAUGGUCCUGGUCCAUUGAGAUCCGUUGACGGCUACCCGGCAGAGCGACAUGCUCCCUCGGCGGAACCCUACAAGACCAUCGAUGCCGAGGCAGCUGCCGAUUUCGAGGAGGAGGAUCUGGUGAUCAACGAUCCGCCACAGCCAGUGACACCCGGCAAGGAUCGCACUGGAGUGGAGGACACGAAGCUGGAGCCCGUGGUCACCCUGCAAAUGCUGCAGUCCCAGAAGAAGGCCGUCAGCCUGCCCGGUGAUGAUACGGGAGCGGGAGAGAUCCAGGUGACGGCCGACAACGAUCCCCAGGAGGCGGAGGCAUCUAAGCUCAGCCAGCAGAAGUUGGAUCCCAGCGGAAUGUACGUGGUCUUUCCCAUGAAGGGCGCCGAAAAGGGUCAGGCGGAGGGAGAAGCUCCCUCGGCACCAGCCGAAUAUCAGAACACUCCGUUCUCCGUCAUCCGCGAUCAGCCACAGGAACCGAUUCUGAAGAACAAGAAGCCGCAGUCGCUGCAGCAGCAAAACAAAGCGCAGACGGGACCAAAGGAGAAGUUUCCCUACCCCAUCGAGAAGCCAGAUCCAUCCUAUUCGGAGCUCCAUCCCGAAGCACAGUCUGCUGUUCCGGGAGUUCUCGUGGCCCCGAGGAUCAUCACCGGAGCUCUGGGCACCGGCACCGAGACACCCAUCGCCAUUGCCUACACGCCCACUGAACCCAAUCCUUUCCGUCAUGAACAGGGACAGAAGUUCUCUAACAUCAACCUGGCCACGUCGGUGAUCAAUGAGAUCCGCCAGGACACCCAAACGGAGGAGGGUCUGAGCAGUGACUUUGAUCUGCGUGGUCAGAACUUCGAAAAGGACUUCAUGGCUCCAUUUUAUCCAAGUGUGAGCCUAGGUGGUGGUGCACCCAGUGGAGCGGCAGCUGUAAAUCCCGCUGCCCCUAGCAACUGGAACAUUGUGCCCUCUACCACGGAUCAGGCGAUCUAUGAGAAGAACAACAUCAACCGGGCCGAUGUGGAUGCCACUGAGGAAAAGAAAGCGGAGGAGGAGCAGCCUACGGCCAGCCCGCUGACAGCGGAGAAGCCCUCCGAGAUGGACAGCUUCCAGCCACAGCUCCAAGGUGGCUUCAAGCCCAUUUAUCCGCCGGGCUACAAGCAUGUGGAGCAGGUGGAACAGGAGGAGGUCGCAGGUGCCAAGAAUGCUGCCCAGGAUCAGCCAAUCGCAUUGCCUCUGGUGGCCACCACAGCGAAGCCUUCGACACCAGCCUCGCCAAUCAGCAGUAGCACCAGCAGUAGCAGUUCCACCUCAACAUCCUCCUCCACCUCCACGACCUCGACGACCCACCAGCCUGGGAUAACCAAGUCGGAUGCCACACUGGCCACCACCACCAAGGCGCCGGUGGUCAGUGCGAAGCCCACGCAGCGCAAGAAGACCAGCUUCGAGACAAGUCUGGCGGCCCUGCUAUUCGGGGACGAGGAUGAGGAGGACGGAGCUCGCAAGUCCGCGGAGCUGCCAAAGGCCCAGUCUGGUCCCAGGAAUGUGCCACGCAUGGGUCCCCGAAGUCUGACGCUGAGCUAAACGGGAGCCUCGAGGUGCCCCCGCCCCAACAACACUAGUGUAGUCCAAUUUUAGUUCGUAUUAUUUAUUCAAAGUUUAUGAGACAGCCGGGAUAAGCCCCGCUUAGAGGUAGACCAUGUGGUAAUCUAGUUCUGUUCUACAGCUUAUAGUUAGUAAGCUCACCAUCCAGAUAUAUAGACCAUCGCCUCCAACGAACACAACACCCCACGAUCCCAGCGACUUUUGCGAGUCUGAUUUGAAAUGCGAUUUCUAUGAACUUUCUCAUUGGACUCCCGAAUCGUCGGAAAUGAGAUAAAAGCUUUUUGUAUUCAAUUUAACAAAACCCCUAAAAUAGUACUCACAAUUUACGCGGAUUAUUGUACCAUAGAAAACCAUGCAAAAUAAACAUAACUCUUAUAUUAUUAA